AUGGCAGUCACCCUUGGGGGAGAUGGGACGAUCCUGCGCGCGUCUUCGUUAUUUGCGACAUGCUUCAAUGUACCUCCUAUGUUGUCGUUCAGCAUGGGCACGUUGGGUUUCUUGAGCGAGUGGAAGUUUACGGAAUACAAGCGCGCGUUCCGUGAAGUCUACAUGUCAGGAGCUGGAGUUGGUGAUCGAGCAUCUAUCCUCGAAGACCAAAAAUCGGCUGCGACAGAUGACCAGGUAGAUUAUGAAGUGGCCCCAACAGGAUGGUCCUCGGUGCGCGGCAAAUCCAUGGGCUCGGACCGGGGAGCCCGAAUCCUGAUGCGGAACCGUUUAAAGGUCGGCUUGUUCACGGCUGACGGGAAAACGGUCCAGGGUGCCGUCACUCAGGAUACCACCGGACAUCCGGGAGUUUAUGUGAUGAACGAAGUCCUCCUGCAUCGAGGCAAAGAACCCCAUCUCGCUGUGGUCGAUGUGUAUGUUGGAGGUCGGUUCUUGACGGAAGCCGUGGCAGACGGGAUGAUCAUCUCCACCCCCACAGGCAGCACAGCAUAUAGCCUAAGCAGUGGAGGCAGCAUCGUUCAUCCCCUUGUGCCCGCUGUCCUCCUCACACCCAUCUGUGCUCGGAGCCUCAGCUUCCGGCCGCUGGUGCUGCCGUCAAGUACGCCGAUCACGCUGCGGUUGAGUGAGAAAAACCGAGGACGAGAGCUGGAGGUCAGCAUCGAUGGUGUCAACCUAGGACAAGGGAUGACUGCCGGUAUGGAGGCUCGCGUGUGGAAUGAGGAGAUGCGGCAUGGCAAGAAUGAAUGGCAUGGUGGAGUGCCAUGCGUGAUGCGGCGAGUUACAGGCGGCGAAGCGCAUGAUGGUUGGGUGGGUGGAUUGAAUGGACUGCUCAAGUUCAACCACCCGUUUGGCGAGGAGCCUUGA